AUCCCCUUCCGGAACUGCCGUAAAUCGAGCCAGCCUCUUCUGCUGGCGUUUCCGGGGCCGGCUUUUAAGUAUUUUUGACGUUGUGGAAUAAAACCCAUAAACAUCGAGGUGAUAAAGAAAUAAAAACAGCCAAGAUGGCGAAGUUUGUAGCACCAGUUAUCCAAGAUAACUUGCAUGGGUGGGGUCCCUGUGCCGUCCCAGAGCAGUUCAAAGAUAUGCCAUAUCAACCUUUCAGCAAAGGAGACCGACUUGGCAAGGUAGCAGACUGGACAGGAGCAACCUAUCAAGACAAGCGUUACACAAAUAAGUAUUCCUCACAGUUUGGGGGAGGUAGUCAGUAUGCUUAUUUCCAUGAGGAAGACGAAACAAGCUUUCAACUUGUGGACACAGCCAAGACUCAGAAAACUGCUUAUCAGAGGAAUCGCAUGAGGUUUGCUCAGAGAAACCUGCGGCGAGAUAAAGAUCGCAGAAACAUGAUGCAGUUCAACCUCCAGACACUUGCUAAGAGUGCUAAACAGAAGGAGAGAGAUCGAAUGCGUUUGCAGAAGAAGUUUCAAAAACAAUUUGGCGUUAGACAGAAAUGGGACCAAAAGUCACAGGCUCAAUUAAAACCCCGAGACUCCUCAGUGGAGGUACGGAGUGAUUGGGAGGUCAAGGAGGAGAUGGAUUUUCCACGUCUGAUGAAGAUGAGGUACAUGGAGGUGGCUGACCCCAGUGAUAUAGAAUGCUGUGGUGCCUUGGAGUAUUACGACAAGGCCUUUGAUCGCAUCACCACCAGGAAUGAGAAGACACUGAAAAGCAUUAAGAGGAUCUUCCACACAGUCACCACAACAGAUGAUCCUGUCAUUCGAAAGCUGGCCAAGACUCAAGGAAAUGUGUUUGCUACAGAUGCAAUCUUAGCCACGCUUAUGUGCUGCACCAGAUCAGUGUAUUCCUGGGACAUAAUUGUUCAGAGGGUUGGCAACAAGCUUUUCUUUGAUAAAAGGGACUCCUCUGAUUUUGACCUUCUGACAGUCAGUGAAACUGCCAAUGAGCCCCCCCAGGAUGAGGGAAACUCCUUCAAUUCUCCUCGAAACUUGGCUAUGGAAGCCACAUACAUUAACCACAACUUUUCUCAGCAGUGCCUCAAAUUGGGUGGAGAAAGGUACAAGUUUCCAAAUACCAAUCCAUUUGUGGAAGAGGAUAUGGACAAGAAUGAAGUUGCUUCUGUGGCUUACAGGUAUCGCCGGUGGAAGCUUGGAGAUGACAUUGACCUUAUUGUCCGUUGUGAGCAUGAUGGAGUGAUGACUGGGGCCAAUGGAGAAGUGUCCUUCAUCAACGUAAAGACGCUCAAUGAGUGGGACUCUAGGCAUUGUAAUGGUGUUGACUGGCGUCAGAAACUGGACUCCCAGAGGGGCGCCGUACUGGCCACUGAGUUGAAGAACAACAGCUACAAGCUAGCACGCUGGACCUGCUGUGCCAUGUUAGGUGGCUCAGAGUAUCUAAAGCUGGGGUAUGUGUCUCGUUACCAUGUAAAAGACUCUGCCCGCCAUGUAAUCCUGGGAACACAGCAGUUCAAGCCAAAUGAGUUUGCCAGUCAAAUCAACCUCAGUAUGGAGAACGCCUGGGGCAUCUUGCGUUGUGUCAUUGACAUAUGCAUGAAGUUGGAUGAGGGCAAAUAUCUGAUACUUAAGGAUCCCAACAAGCAAGUUAUCCGUAUCUACAGCUUGCCUGAUGGAACCUUCAGCUCUGAGGAAGAAGAGGAUGAAGAAGAUGAAGAGGAAGAGGAUGAAGAAGAUGAAGAUGAGGAAAACUGAUCACCUUCAUCAGCAGAAAGACUAAAGUGAUGCAUCACCAGGGUAGCACUGAUGAAACGAGGACUGGCCAGUCUGACACCAACAGCAAAAAGACCAACAAAAACUCUAUUUUGAGAAAUAAACUUAUCAUCACAUGAA